AUGGGAGAUUUGUUCUAUUAUCGGAGAGAAAAUGAUGUAUCCUCUAUGGUACAGGAUGACCAUAAGAAAGAUAUACCCAGCAGCAAAGUAGUUCAUAUUUCUAUCACGAAAGAAGAUCGUAAACGUGCAGAACGUUUGAAUAAAUUAAGAGAAGUUGUCUGGGAAGCUUUUAAAGGCAUUGUUUUCAUUGUUUGUUUUGGCGGAUUCGCUUACCAGAUUUCAGAGUUCCUCAUCCAUUUCUACACCUAUCCGACGACCAUAGAUAUAGAAAUACAGGAGCCCGAUAAUGUCAUAAGACCUGCUGUGACCAUUUGUGAUACCAACCCAGUGAAGAGAAGUGUUUUUUGUAGCAGAUACCAAUCUGAUUGCUCAUACGUUGAAGAUCCGGAGAAAUUUUGCGUCGACCAUCCUCUCUAUUGCGGAGCGGAUUUAAAUAUGUCGAAUUUCUAUGUACCUAGACAACCAUUCACACGAUUUGAAGAAAAGUCUUUUCACAGAUUUCGAGCAGAUUUCUUGAAUGCCUACCAACCCUCAGGAGAAGUUGUAAAAAUAGAAGAUUCUUAUAAACGAGCCCGUCUUGAGGGACCAUUCUAUAUAAGUUGUGUAAUGCAUCAUUGUUAUUCUUUGAAUAAUUUGGCUAUUUCAAAUCAGCAAUCUAAAAAAAGGGACAUUGAGAGAAAUUUAAAAAUAUUUCCAUCCAAAGAGACUACACCAGAAAAAAUGGGUAAAUAUGUUCUAUCUAUCUAA